GCUUUUUUAACGGCCCCUCUCUCCUGUCCCCAUCCCCUGACUCGUCCCCCCUCCUGUCCUUUUACAUAGUCAAUGAAUGACUGAUUGACUGGCUGGGCCUUUACCAUGAAAGACUCCUGCACUCAGAAACUCAAAGAACCAGUACUGGGAGCACCAGGCCUACACAGAAACUUCCACACAUCAGUCCCCAGUUGUUCCUUGUUGGUUCAGAGAAGCAGAUCGGGACUGAAAGAAGCAGAAUAUCUAGAUUUUGUAUAUCUGGAGUUUGGCUGAGACAUUAACCGCUGUACCACUGCGAUCAGAAGGAGACUGAACAGUGGGUCAAGGAGCACAAGGAGCCGUAUGAUGAUUGAGAGUGACAGAGAGCUGUCGGCUAUAGUUCAGGAGAUUUGGGAUAAUGACGUCAACCGACUGAAACCUGGAAAAGACUACAGGAUUUCUCUGCAGGGCAAAGCUGGAGACAGUAUGGGUGACAAUGAGAGCAGCGACAGGGCAGGACUUCCUUUGUUUACAUUUGUUGAUGAAAAUAUUUUCAAAAAGGAGACAUUUUUAGCCUUUAUCUCCCUUUUGGACAACUAUGAAAGUGACACUGGUGAGCCAGAGAUUGUAACUCCUGAGGAAGUGGCCGAGAACCACAGGUUCCUGGAUGCCAUCAUUCAGACUCGCACUAUGAAGAUAGCUCAUAAACACCUGGUGGAGAAGCAGCUCUCUCCUCAAGAUGAUACAGAAUUCAAGGAGCAGCUCUACAGAAUCUGGUUUGAACUUUAUGCAAGAAGAGGAUCCAGCAGACCAGACUCUUCAGGAUUUGAACAUGUGUUUGUUGGGGAGACAAGAGGAGGGCGGACUGUCAUUGGUUUUCACAACUGGAUCCAGCUGUACAUACAAGAAAAGCUGGGUCACAUUGAUUACAAAGGCUACAGUGUCACUGCAAAUUCUCCUCAGCCUGACGAGAACAAACACAUCCUGGCAUUACAGUUCAGCUGGAAGAAUGGCAUAAAGCCCAAGGGCAGCAUCUUCAUCGGCGUCAGUCCUGAGUUUGAAUUUGCCCUCUACACUCUCAGUUUCCUCACCUCACCAAAUGAGCGCGUCAAAGUGCAGUUCAGUUUCUAUGACGUAGAGAUUGUCUGUCACCAUUACAACCAGAAGCACAUAGGCACCACCUUCCCUGUGCUACUUAGGUACAGGAAUCCUCAAUGAGAUAUAACCACUCAACACAUGAGCUAACAAAGUGUCACAGGUACUGUUGCUGUCUUUUUCUUUUACACAAAGAUACAAUAAAAGUUUCAAGACCCAUUCA